CGUCGUCGUCGUCGUCGUCGUCGUCGUCGUCGUCGACAACGACUUUUCUAUUGUCGUUGUCAUGGGGCCGGACUCGGAGCGAUAAUUAAGGUUUGGUGACGAGUGCAGACGGGGUGCUCUGACACGGAGCUGCGCCCCUGGAGGCAGCACGACCCCAUGCUCAUGGGGAUUCGGAUAUUGCUCUCAAGGGGAAGCUUGCGCGGCCUUGGCGCGCGGUCUGUCGACGUACGUACUCCACGGCCGGCACAUGGAUGCUUUCAGAUCCGAUAUCUGGCGGAUCGUGUUGGUCGCCGUGGAAGGGGACCCUGGACGAGUCUGGAGGCUGGAGGCCACCUCGAACGAAGACGGAAGGAGGCGAAGACGAUAGGCCAGGCCAGGCCAGGGCACUCCUGCGAGAGCAGUCGCCGCUCCUGCUUGAAACGUUGUCCUCACACAUUGUGUUCGUGAGCGGUCGUGCCUGGGGCUGGCCGGAGGGAACCACCCGUCCGGAGCCAGGGAUGCAUGGUUGUGUGCUCGAGCGAAUGAGAAGGGGACGCUGGCUUUGGAGGAGUCAUUGCGUGCCCUGUCGCAUAUUCGGCGUCGGGACUUGGCUUUCUGGCUCGGCACACAAUUGCCGUACAGGAGGAUACAGAGAAUGGACUGGCACAGGCAGGCGUCCUGGAGAUGAGUACUUAGCGUACGUACGUAGCUGGUGCGUACACAUGUGAUUGAC